AUGAGUAUGAAGGCAUUUGAGUUGGUGCCAGCUAUCGAACGAGCUAAAUUGAUCGCGGACAAGAUUAAAACGCAGAUUGAGUGUCUGGAUGUCUGUGGUAAAAAUUUGUAUAUUGGAACAGCAGACUGUUUUGUAUUCCAUUAUUGUAUUGAAGAACGAAAUAUUGGAGGUAGAACUACCUUUUAUAGUGAAAAACAGGGACAGAAAUAUCUUGGCUUGAAAAAAGCGAUAGUCCAGAUAAAAGCUGCGUCAGCAUUGAACAGAAUUAUGGUUCUAUGUGAUAAUACUUUCACAUUACUCAAUAUGUUUGAUUUAGAGCCAGUUUAUUCAGGUGCCAAGAUUAAAGGAGUGAAUUAUUUUUGUUUGAAUGAAAAUCCUGCCAACCCAAAUCCAUUUAGUAUUGAGAUUUGUGUGGCUUUAAAAAAGAAACAGCUACAAGUUUUUACUAUUUUAGAAGAUAAAAUAAUUCACAAUAAAGAUUUAUCCAUCCCAGAACCAGCCACCAUUAUAGGAGUAGAUGAGAAACAUGUUUGUGCUGCGUUAACUACUCAAUAUUGUAUAAUAGAAAUAGACACUGGUAAUAUACAAGAUUUAUUCCCCUUUGAUACAGAAUACGUUAAUCCUGUUGUUAAAAAGGUCACCAAGGAUGAGUUUUUAUUAAGUGGCCCCAGUGCGUUGGGUAUGUUUGUAACAUCAGCAGGAAUUUCACAACGCCCCCCGAUGCAAUGGUCAGAUAACCUUGUCUCGGUCUCCUGUGUUCAUCCCUACAUAGUUGCUAUGAACGACGAAUUUAUUACCAUACACAGUAUUUUAGAUCAGCAACAGAAACAAGCCAUUCCCUUCCAGGGCGGUGUUUUUAUGAAUGAUUUUGAUGGCAAGUUAUUUAUAGCUUCCAGUAGAGAAAUUUAUUCUCUGGUUCCAGUUGCUUUUGAAAAACAGAUUCAAGCAUUACUAGCAGACAAAAGAGUCACAGAGGCGCUGGAACUGGCAGAAAAUGCUCACUCUACAGGCAUGACUAAAGACAAAUUCAUGAAGAUGUACAGAAGAAUCCAACAACAAGCAGGUUUUAUAGAAUUUACACAACAACAUUUUGAAGAAGCCAGAGAUUUAUUUAUAAAAGGGCAAGUUGAUGUGAGAGAGAUUAUUUGUUUAUAUCCUAAAAUGAUGCCAACAGGUUCAAAUUUCACCCGUUCCAGUCCGGCGCUUCAUGAGAUACCAGAUAUAACCGUACUUACCAAAAAUAACGAAACUUUGACGGCAGAAUAUAUAUAUUUUUUACAAAGUUAUUUAGAAGAAAUACGAAAUACUAAAUUAUCUAUAGGACUUAAACAGGAAAUAGACGUAGCAUUAUUAAAACUAUACGCUGAGAAUAAUUCACCAGAGUUGAUACCAUUAUUAAUCUCCGAGACAAGUUGUGAUCUAGCAGACUGUGUGGAGUGUCUGGAGAGAUACCAGCGCCACCACGCUCUAGCUUUACUACAUAAACAUCACUCAGAGAAUGACAGAGCACUAGCAAUCUGGUCUAAGUUAGUGAAUGGUGAAUUAACAGACAACAGUUUUCCAGGGUUUAAAUUUGUCAUAGAAUUUUUAGCCAAUUUAAAUAACCAUGAGUUAGUGUGGAAGUAUAUAGACUGGGCUUUAGAGAAAGAUGAAGAACUUGGUGUACAGAUAUUAACGGAAAGACCAGUUAACGAACCCCCAUCAGAAAGAUUACGACCAGACGCUGUGAUUGAUUAUUUACAUCGUUUUCCUCUGGCUGUUAUAAACUACCUAGAAUAUCUCGUCUUUCAAAAAAAAUUAGAGAAAGAGAAGUACCACACCCAUCUUGCUGUAUUAUAUUUAGAUAAAGUUUUAAAUUUAUUAAAGAACUCUUCUGUGCGGAAGGAAGAAAUAGAUAUGGCAAGAUCUAAAUUACGUCACAUGUUACAAAUAUCCAGUUUAUAUCGGGUUCAGCUAAUUCUGGGUAAAACCAAGGAAACUGAUAUGCAUGCUGAAUGUGCUAUUUUAUAUGGAAAGUUAGAAGAACAUGAUAAAGCUUUAAGAAUUUUAGUUCAUAAAUUAAAAGAUUAUGGAGCUGCCGAGAAUUAUUGUCUAGUCAACUCACAAGGGAGAGAACCAGCGUAUAGAAAACGUUUAUUUCAUAUUUUACUCAGUGUUUAUCUAGACUCUAGUUACGAACGUAAAGACACUCUGGUAGCUCCAGCUAUGUCUCUAUUAAAUAGUAAUGUAGCUGAUUUUGAUACAGUUAAAGUAUUACAACUGCUUCCCGACUCCUGGUCAGUGAGUUUAUUAUCCCAAUUUUUAACCCGAGCUAUGAGAAAGAGUAUGCAUACCAGUCGUAUGACACGAGUUGAGAGGAUGAUGGCAAGGGGAGAGAACUUGUCUAUAAAACAAGAAUGUAUUGAACUACAACAAGAACCUGUUAUAAUGACUGAAGAUAGGAACUGUGCAGUGUGUAAUAGACCUUAUAGUGAACCAACGUUUAUACGAUAUCCAAACGGUGUAGUGACUCACGUACAUUGUGCUAAAAAUAAAUAUAUCUGUCCAGUGACAGGCAAGUUGUUCAGGACCCAGAAAUCUAAUCCAAGUUGA